AACAUAAUCGUGCUAGCGGAGAAACAGUGUCGUGCAGUGAAAUAGAAAAAGUUGAACGCCGCGAAAUAGGAGAGACAAUCGACGAAAAUGAAACAAAUGGAAAGUGACACUGAAAAAUUUAAAGAACUUCUUUAGAGUUUUGAUUGAUGCCAUAACUGUAGGUACGGGGACUGGAUCAGCUGAAGUCCAGAUUAGGAAAGCCCUACAGCUGCAAAAAAAACGUUUUUUCAAAAACAGUACCACCGCGAACAGCAGACCUUAAUUAGUAAAUUUAAAAACUUAAAUGAAAUAUGUAUAUAAUAAAAUAAAAAUUUAAAUAUGAAAUUAAAUGAAGAUUGAUAACCUACUUCAUGGGUACCCAUUUCACUAGCUACUACAUGGGUACUCAUUUCACUAGCUACUAGACGAGUACCCAUAUCACUAGUUCGGGGGUGAACGAUGUGGUGUCACUGGUCCCCAUGUCGUAGGACAUUGCGGGUAAAAAUGGAAAUGAUGAAAAGCAUUGUUAAGGGUUAGUAAAGAAAGUACCCCUGGUCUGUUAGGGAGUGGUGAUAUCACCACCUCCGAACUAGUUCCCAGUACUGCUGGGAUUGUUUUUUGUCCAGUAUGUAUGUGUGCAUGCAAUAAAGCAAAGCAAAUAUGCGAAAACAUAACGGUACGGUUUGGUACAGACUUCUCGUUUGUCAAAUGUGAGUGGUUAAAGUGAAUGAAGAAGAAGAAGAAGUAAAAAUGUCGUUCAAUAUUAAUUUUAAUUGUGGUCCCCCCCCGGUCGGCCAAAAUGUAUAUAAAAUUGGAGAAUUGGAAGGGGAGAAGAACAUUAUUACAAAAGAAUCUAUACUGGAAUGUAUAAAUUCUCUGCCGAAGUGCGAAAAUUUGACUCUGCAGCAAAAGCCAGAAGUCGGUUGCCAGCAGACGGCCAAUGCUGAUGAUAGCUUUGAUUGCUCCAAUCUGACAGCAGCACAGUUGGAGCAGUUGGCCCUACUGACGGCCGCAGCCAACCCUGGGCAAUCCAGCGUCAGUUUGAUGGUGAUGAUUCCCGUCGAAAGUUUGUUGGACAUUGUUCAGGUACUGUCUGGCACCGCGGCCCAGAUAGUAUCCAUGUCGUCAACCGUAUUAAAGGGGAAUUCCAGCAAGGGAACAACUUCCGAGGUGCCAAUCUGGGUGGAUGCAGGAGUGGGCGUGCCGCCCAGUGUCGGCAAGAUAGAUAUGGAGAUGUACCAAUCGCCCGCAGACAAACCGAGUGUGGUGGUGCAGACACAAUCAAAAUCGACCCAUAAUCCGAGUUUUCGCAUCCUGGAACAUGUCAUAAUUCCAUCCCAGCAGCCGGGCAGCAUUGGCAGCCUCUGCAAACAAGAGCAACAGCAGAAGGCGACUACCGCUGGAGGCAGUGCCCAGUGCUACUGGCGCGUCGUUGCUGUUGGCUUGCGGUUCUCGUCGUUUCUCUUCUGCCGCUGCUGCGUCGAUGCUGUCGGCUUGCGGUUCUCGUCGUUUCGUUCUUUUCAUUGCCGUUGUUUUGUUGCUUGCUGACUUACGGUUCUCGGCGUUUUCGUCGUCUCUCGUUUGCCGCUGCUGCGUCGUUGUUGUUGGUUUACCGACCCUGAAAAGUCAGUGGCGUCUGCCGUGAAAAUAAAAGGCUACGUGGGGCUCAGAUACCCCUCGGGCCGUAUAAUAACAAAUUAAAAACGUGUAGCCUUUCCCCCCUCGCCCUUAACCUAAAACUGCAAAGUCAAUGCUUAAAUCUAGAGAACAAGGAAAGGUCAAAAUCUUAAUUAUAAUAAGGAAACGUAGCUUAGGAUCCCUCCAGUAGAAAAAUGACGGCGAAAUGAUGGGCGGAAAAAAUGUGGGUGGAGCGGAGCGUACGCGCAGAGCACGCAUUAAUUUUAAAAUAUUACUUACUCACUGUCCUGCUGCAUAAACUUUAAUAUAAUAAUAUAAGUA